ACACUGUGAGAAACUGCACCAUCUAGUCAGGACAGAGUGAAACGGUGGGGUCAUUGAUUUCAGCUCCACCAGUAACAGAGUAAAUGAAACCUAAAGAGUCACUUUGUCGCUUUGAGCGGAACACAUUACAUUAAAGGUUGGGAUCUGUACGGACGAAUACAAAUUAGCUCAAAAGUCAAAGGGACUGUAUUUAGGUGAGUCUUGUCCUUUAAGUUAUCAGGGAUGGCUGAGAAAUUGCUUUUAGAAGGUUACCUGAGCUGCCAUGUGUGUUCAGAGACUUUCAGAGAUCCUGUGUCUCUGAGCUGCAGCCACAACUUCUGUUCAAGCUGCCUGCAGAAAUUCUGGGAACAAGCUAAAAACAAAAACUGUCCCAUUUGUAAAAGAAAAUCUUCAAGAGAUGAACCAUCUAUAAACGUUUCUCUCAAAGAACUUGCUGACUCAUUUGCUAAGAGGCACAGUGAGAGCUUACCUCAACAAGAGGAGGAAGAGAAGGAGGAGGUGGUGUGUGAUAAAUAUCCAGACGUCCCUUACUGGUACUGUGAGGAUGAAGACAGAGCUGUGUGUCCUGUGUGUGAGUUUUCUCUCCACCAGAGUCACAAAUUGGUUCCUGUAGAAGAAGCAGUCAGUGACCUGAAGGAGCAGCUGAAAUCUGACUUAAAGUCUCUGCAGGACAAGAGGAACAAAUACAAACAAGUGGAGGAAACAUACAAUGAAGUGAUUCAACACUCCAAGAAGCAGCUGUUGUCCACAGAGAGGCAGAUCAGAGCAGAGUUCAACAAGCUCCAGCAGUUCCUGAAAGAGGAAGAGGAGUCCAGACUGGCAGCUCUGAGGGAGGAAGAGGAGCAGAAGGGGAGGACUAUCAGCAGAGAGAUGAAGAUGAUUGAGGAGCAGAUCUCCUCUCUGUCAGACAGCAUCUCUGCUGUUGAAGAAGAGCUGCAGAAACACAGCGUGCCAUUCCUCAGCAGUUAUAAAGACACUCAGAGCAGAGCCAGAGCCCAGAGCUCAGUGUCAGAUCCACAGCUGGUCUCAGGAGCACUGAUAGAUGUGGCCAAACACCUGGGCAACCUGUCCUUCAGAGUGUGGGAGAAGAUGAAGGAGAAGGUCCACUUCAGUCCUGUCAUUCUGGACCCAAACACUGCAAGUUGCUGGCUCUAUUUGUCUGAUGAUCUGACCAGUGUGAGACGUGGAGACACAAAACAGCAGCUUCCUGAUAAUCCAGAGAGAAACACUUAUUACAUAACUGUUUUUGGCUCUGAGGGUUUCAGCUCAGGGAAACACAGCUGGGAGGUGGAGGUGGGAGACCAUCCUAGCUAUUUUGUAGGUUUAGCUAAAGAGUCACUUGACAGGAAGGGGAUGUGUUUUGGCUCACCAGACUGUGGAUUCUGGUGUUUAUUGUAUUGUAGUGGAAAAUACUUUAACCGUGACGGUCAGCCUCUCACACUGAAGAAGAGUCUCCAGAGGAUCAGAGUCCAGCUGGACUAUGACAGGGGGGAGGUGUCCUUCUAUGACCCUGAAGACAUGACUCUGAUCUACACCCACAGAGACACUUUCACUGAGAAACUCUUCCCAUAUUUCAGUUUUGGAGAGGAUGGAAGUCGAAAAACAUUUGAUAUCAAAAUCUGUGAGACUGAGGUUUCGUUGAAAACUUGGAGGUCUAAAAUUAUUAUAUAUUAUAUUAUAUUAAACAAAGUCAUGAACGUAGUUUGCCGUAGUUCGUCCAGUUUGUAGUUUUUAAACAGUGCCCAAUGAAUCAGAUAAAUAUCUGUAACUAAUAUGAUAUUUUAUCUAUCAAGGCCAAUGUCUCCCAAAUAUAGCAGUGCUUUAACAGAUUCAAAUGGACAGUAAUAUAUUUAUAUGAAACUCUAAUCUCUGUUUUAUAGCGUUGGGGAAAUUGUGUUAUUUUUCUUGUUAAAUUUGUAAUAACACACUAUGUGUUACUGUGCAAAACGAAUCCAAUUGUGGACUUUAAUGCAACACUUAUUCUGCUGUAAUGCACAUCUGUGCAGAUUACUGUCUCAAAAUCUUCUGUAUAUUUUUCUGUUUUCUUCAUACAAAGUAAAUCUGGAUCUCUAUUUGUCUCUGUUUUAAUACAACAUAAAUGUAACACUGGGAAGCAGAGUUACCUAACUGUGGAUGCACAUUGAUGGCUGAACAGCAACAUUUAUUUCAUAAAUCUGUAAAAUUUGUACAGUUGGAGCUGUUGUUUGUCCCAGUGUGUUUCUGGAAACUCCCACUUCAUAUUCCAGAUGUGAAACACAUCAGCACAUUCAGGAUUUUGUUGUGUUAACUGUGGAUUUCCUGUUUUUUUUUUCUUCUUUUUUUAAUGCAGGUAUUGCAAAUAUGAUAAAAUGUCAAAAUCAUGAGUUUAUUGAUCUCUUGAGUUUUCUAUCAAUAAAAAAUAUA